AUGGCUUCCAAUUCUCUCACCUCUUCACGUAGCUGUAGUUCCUCCUGGACACCUAAGCAGAACAAACUAUUCGAAAAGGCCUUGGCUUUCUAUGAUAAGGACACCCCUGACCGCUGGCAGAAUGUUGCCAAAGCUGUGGGUGGGAAAUCUGCAGAGGAAGUUAAGAGGCACUAUGAGAUUCUCAUUAAGGACGUCAGGGAAAUUGAGUCUGGCCGAGUUCCAUUCCCUUACAGGUCAAGUGGAAACGACAACUAA